CUUGUUAUUUUUUUCUUUUUUUCUUACGUUAUGGGUAAACUUAUUCGUAUCGAAGUUGAAAACUUUAAAUCCUACAAGGGCCAACAAAUUAUUGGGCCCUUUCAUCAGUUCACGAGUGUUAUUGGUCCUAAUGGCUCUGGUAAAUCCAAUCUUAUGGAUGCAAUUUCCUUUGUACUUGGUGUUCAUUCCAGUCAUUUGCGUUCUCAAAACCUCAAGGACAUGAUUUAUCGUUCCGAAGCAUUAAAGAAUUAUGACGAUACGCCCACGACACCAGGAGGCCGUUCACCUAGAAAGGCUCAUGUCACUGCCGUGUAUCAAACUACCGAAGGUGUCGAAUUCAAAUUUACACGUAGUAUUAACCAAAAUGGACAAUCCGAGUAUCGCAUCAAUGAUAGAACCGUACAAUAUGCUCAAUACAAUGCUGCUCUUGAAAAGGAAAACAUCCUUGUCAAGGCCAAGAAUUUUUUGGUCUUCCAAGGUGAUGUCGAGUCAGUUGCCAGUCAAAAUCCCAAAGACUUGACUCGUUUGAUUGAGCAAAUCAGUGGUUCUUGGGAUUAUAGAGAUGAAUAUGAGGAUUUAAAGCAAAAGAUGGAAGCAGCACACGAUAGCAGUGCACACGCUUUCAACAAAAAGCGUGGUGCUGCUGCUGAAAUUAAGCAGUACGAAGAACAAAAGAAGGAAGCCGAAAGAUUUGAAGAACUCGUAGCCGAUAAGCGUGAUUGUGUUGUUCAGUAUUUACUCUGGAAACUUUUCCAUAUCGAUCAAAAAUUAAAGGAUUUAACAGACGAAAGUACCGCUAAAAAUGCAAACAAGAAUGACGCGCAAUACGAUGUGGCUGCUUUAGAACAAGCAUUUAAAAGAGCCAGGGAAGAAAAGGCACUUGUUCACAGAGAAAAAAUCAAGUGUGAAUUGCACAUCCGUAAAAUCAACCGUGAAUUGGACGAACAGCUUCCUACAUCCAUUGGUUACAAGGAAAAGAUUGUCCAUUUAGAAAAGAAGUUGAGACAAACCGAGCAAAACAUCGAGCGUGUUAAGCGCGAUGGUGUACAACAAGAACAAGUAGUUGCUUCUUUGGAUAGAGAUUUGCAAUUGUUGAACGAGGCCGAAAGAUCAUUCAAUGAGUCGAUUCCUGCUACUUCGAGAAAUGGACCCAUUUUAACUCCUGCACAAUUGAUGGAUUACGAAAGAAGAAAGCAAGAAUUAAGCGUUAAGGCUGUAGAAGAACAACACCAAUUACAACAGCUUGAACGUCAAUACAAAACCGAGAAUCAACGUAUCGAAGAUAAGAAAUCCAAGAUUGAGCAACUCAAGGAAUCCGAAGCCGAAAAUCUUGAUUCUUUGCGACAUGCCGAAGAGGAAAAGGCCACUUUGUCCAUGGAUGCUGAAAACAUUGCGGAACAAUUGAAGGAACGUACAUCUGAAUUGAAUAAACUUGAAAAUGAACGUACUACAGUUCAUCAACGUGAAGUCUUUUUAAAUGAAAAACUUCAGGAAACUUUGAACAAGUUGAUGGAAGCUAGUGUUACCCAACAAGAAUCUGAUAAAGACACUAAAUUCAACGAAAGUGUGGCCGUAAUGAAGCAAAUUUAUCCUAACGUGCACGGUAAAUUGGUUGAUUUAUGUAGACCCAAUCAACGUAAAUACGAUAUUGCAGUUGCUACUGUGCUGGGAAGAAACAUGGAUGCUAUUGUUGUUGAGGAUGAACAGACCGCUUUUGAGUGUAUCCAAUACAUGAGAGAGCAACAUAUCGGAACCGCCACAUUUUUACCCCUCAACGCUUUGCAAUCGCCCACCAUCAAUGAUCGUUACCGUAAUCUUGUAAGAGGUGCUCGUCUCGCAUAUGAUGUCUUGAAGUUUGAUAAGCAAUACGAACAAGUUAUACAGUAUGCUUGUGGUAAUACCUUGGUGUGUGACACUAUGGCAAUUGCUAAACAAAUCUGUUUCAACAUGAGCGAAUCUGUCAGAGCUGUCACUUUGGAUGGUGCUGUUAUCCAUCAAAAUGGUUUGAUGACUGGUGGUCAAGCUAGUACUCAACCAACUCAAAAGUGGCACGAUAGUGAAAUUGAAGAUUUGGUUCGUAACAGAGACAAAUUAUUAGCUGAGUUAAACCUUCUCAGCAAGAACAAACGUAUGGGUAGUGCCGAAGAUUCAGCCAAGAGUGAUUGCUCCAAUAUGAAGAGUCAAUUGAACACGCUGAAUGAAGAAUUGACUACACUUACUAGAAGAAUUGAGGGUAUUCAUGGUACACUUAGCGACAUCCGUAGCAAGAUUGCCGAACUUGUCGCUCCUUUCGAGCAAUCUCAAUUGGCUUUAAAUCAAUUAAAUGCCAACAUGAAGAAGCUCGAACAACACAUUGCCCAAGUGGAAGAUCAUAUCUUUGAAGAUUUUUGUGCUCAAAUCAAUGUCACCAAUAUUCGUGAAUAUGAAGCUUUGCAAUUUGGUGUCUCUGAUGAAGUCACGGAACGCCGUGCACAAUUCUCCAACCAGAAAACCAGAUUGGAUACCCAACUUGCCUUCGAGAAGAACCAGCUAAGUGAAUUGGUUGAACGUUUGAGCAAGUUAGAAACUACACUUGUGAACAGCGCCAAAUCUAAGGCUCAACUUGAAACUGAUUUAGCUGGUAUGUCUGGUAAAUCUGAUAGCUUGCAAUCUAGUUUGGAAGGUUUCCAAGUUGAAUUGGAAACACAGAUUAAACUUGAGGAAGAGAAGCAGAAUGAGAUUAGUGAAGUGAGCCGUGCGCUUGAAGCCAAGGGUAGAGACGUUGAAGCCAUCUUGAGAGAAUACAGAGCUGUCGAAAGUGAGUGUAAUAAGGUGCAAGCUGAGCGUGUGGCUAUCUUCAGAAAGUGUAAAUUGGAAGGUAUCAGUCUACCUUUGAGUCGUGGUACCAUGGAUGAUAUCAUCAUUGAAGAAUCCAAUACCGAUGUUGCUGGUUCCGAUGCUGGGUCUGUCUCGGAUGCCUCUUCUGCGGCUGGAUCUACCACAGCGCCUUCUACAAACUAUAGCAGUGAUAUGGACCUGGAUGCUCCUUCUCAAGUAUCUAUUCAGUCCACAGAUUGGGAAGUAGAAGUCAAUUUUGAACGAGUGAGCGCACUCCAAAGAGAAAACGAUGGACCUCAGAUUGACCGAGAGUUCCAAGACAAAAUUAAGGAACUUGGCGAAGAAAUUGAACAUAUGGCCCCUAACCUUAAGGCCAUCGAUCGUUUAGAAGGUGUAGCCGAAAGACUCAAGGCUGCUGAACAAGAGUUCAAUAGCGCAAGACUCAUUGCCAAGACCUCCAAAGAACAAUUUACAGCAGUUAAGCAAAAGAGACACACUUUGUUCUAUGAUGCAUUUAGUCAUAUCUCAGAGCAAAUCGAUAAGGUCUACAAGGACCUGACAAAGAGCCAAGUAUUUCCUUUGGGUGGUACGGCUUAUUUAACACUUGAAGAUCUCGAUGAGCCAUAUCUUGAAGGCAUCAAAUACCAUGCGAUGCCACCCAUGAAGCGAUUCAGGGAUAUGGAACAACUUUCAGGUGGUGAAAAGAGUGUAGCAGCAUUAGCUUUAUUAUUUGCUAUCCAUAGUUACAAGCCUUCACCUUUCUUCGUCUUGGAUGAAGUAGAUGCAGCUCUUGAUAAUACCAAUGUUUCCACGGUUGCUACUUAUAUUCGUGAACAUGCAACACCCGAUUUCCAAUUUAUCGUUAUUUCUCUUAAGCAUACUUUGUACGAAAAGGCUCAAAGUUUGGUUGGUAUUUACCGUGACCAAGACAUCAAUUCGAGUAAGACAAUGACUUUAAUGUUGGAUCAAUAUUAAGGCAGUUUUUCAAUUUUCCCCCCCUCCAUUUUACAAAUAAAACGCACAAUAUAUACAUA